GGGCCGCGGCCGUAAAGCAGCGCCCGGAAGCACUUGGGUCUGAGCGGCCCCGCGCCCUUGCAGGUUGUCGGGCGCCCGGGUCAUGGCCGGCCCGGUGCGGGGCGGUGGGGUCCGGGCCCUGGGCCUGCUACGGGCCCUGCCCCGUGUGAGCCUGGCCAACCUGCAGCCGAACCCGGGCUCCAGGAAACCGGAAAGACGACCAAGAGGUCGGAGAAGAGGUCGAAAAUGUGGCAGAGGCCACAAGGGAGAACGGCAGAGAGGAACUCUGCCCCGACUGGGCUUUGAGGGAGGCCAGACCCCGUUUUACCUUCGAAUCCCAAAAUACGGGUUUAAUGAAGGACACAGCUUCAGACGCCAGUAUCAGCCUUUGAGUCUCAGUAGACUGCAGUAUCUUAUUGAUUUGGGUCGAGUUGAUCCUACACAACCUAUUGACUUAACCCAGCUUGUCAAUGGGAGAGGUGUGACCGUCCAGCCGUCUAAAAGGGAUUAUGGCGUCCAGCUGGUGGAGGAGGGCGCUGACACCUUUAAGGCGAAGGUUAACAUUGAAGUGCAGCUGGCCUCGGAGCUCGCCAUCGCUGCGAUUGAGAAGAACGGAGGCGUGGUCACCACCGCCUUCUACGACCCCAGGAGCCUGGAAAUCCUGUGCAAACCUAUUCCAUUCUUUCUCCGAGGACAACCGAUUCCAAAGCGCAUGCUCCCCCCCGAGGCGCUGGUGCCCUAUUACACUGACGCGAAGAACCGCGGCUACUUGGCAGACCCUGCCGGGUUUCCCGAAGCAAGACUUGAGCUCGCCAAGAAGUACGGUUAUGUCUUACCUGACAUCACCAAAGACGAACUCUUCAGAAUGCUCAGUGCUCGAAAGGAUCCAAGGCAGAUUUUCUUUGGUCUUUCUCCUGGCUGGGUGGUGAACAUGGCCGACAGGAAGCUGCUCAAGCCCACCGAUGAGGAUCUGCUCCAGUACUACAGCUCGUGAGCCCUUCGCGGCGGGGCAUGCCCCUCGGCAGGUGCUGCUGUUCUCUGCGGCAGCGUGUAUCUUUCUCUGUUUCAUCUAAAUUGAAAUAAAAAUGCAGGAAGCAAGCACUGCAUAGAGGAGCUGGAUCUGUGUGCGUCCUCAGA